AUGGGAGCUAUAUUGGGAACAUGCAAGAAUACAGAAAAUCAGACAAAGCAUCCACCUAACAGAAGAGGAAUCAGCUUUGAAGUGGGAGCCCAGUUGGAAGCCCGGGACCGAUUAAAGAACUGGUAUCCAGCUCACAUAGAAGACAUUGACUACAAAGAAGGCAAAGUCCUCAUCCAUUUUAAGCGCUGGAACCAUCGUUAUGAUGAGUGGUUCUGCUGGGAUAGUCCUUAUUUACGCCCUUUAGAGAAAAUACAGCUCAGGAAAGAGGGCUUACAUGAAGACGACGGAUGUUCUGAAUUUCAAAUAAAUGAGCAGGUCCUUGCUUGCUGGUCUGAUUGUCGAUUUUAUCCAGCCAAAGUCACUUCUGUGAACAAGGAUGGUACUUACACUGUGAAAUUUUAUGAUGGAGUAGUUCAGACUGUCAAACAUAUUCAUGUCAAAGCUUUUUCCAAAGAUCAGGCCUAAAGAAACAGAUCACAAAAUCUUUCGUCAUCUCCUGAUAAACGAGAGAAGUUUAAGGAACAGAAAAAAGCCGUGGUCAAAGGGAAGAAAGACGAAGACAAAGCCUUAAAGACAGAAAAACGGCCCAGGCACCCUGACAAGGAAGGCAAGUUAAUCUGUUCUGAAAAAAGCAAGGUGUCUGAGAAAAGCCUGCCUAAGAACGAGAAGGAAGAUAAGGAGAACAUUUCAGAAAAUGACAGGGAGUACUCUGGGGACAUCCAAGUGGAUAAAAAGCCUGAAAAUGAUAUUGUGAAGAGUCCACAAGAGAACUUGAGGGAGCCAAAAAGAAAACGAGGCAGACCCCCUUCCAUAGCUCCUACUGCUGUGGAUUCAAACUCUCAAACAUUGCAACCAAUAACAUUGGAAUUGAGAAGACGGACAAUAUCGAAAGGAAGUGACAUCCCACUAAAACGUCCUCAGCUGGAUAAAAAUUCCUGUCAGUUGAACUCUCCUUUGGAAGCUGACCAGGUUCCAUCUGCUUUAACUUGUCACUCCUUUGGGGAUGGAUCAGGAGCCACAGGCUUGGAGUUAAACUGCAAGUCAAUGGGAGAAAACACAAUGAAAACAGAACCGGCAUCCUCCCUUGCUGAAUUACCAGAGGCUUCUACUGUGGAAGUACCAAAUACUUGUAAGAAAACAGAUGACUUUGGGACAUCUAAUGUGCCAGCUGUUGAUCUAGACCACAAAUUUAGAUGCAAGGUUGUGGACUGUUUAAAAUUUUUUCGCAAAGCUAAACUGUUGCACUACCACAUGAAAUAUUUUCAUGGAAUGGAGAAGUCCCCAGAGCCAGCAGAGAGCCCGGGGAAGAGGCAUGUCCAAAUGAGGGGCUCUUCAAUGUCCGACAAGGCCAGUCAGGAGAACCUGACUCGGAAGCGUGUCUCUGACAGCUCUCCAACUACAAAAGAGAAGGAAAAAAAUAAAGAGAAGAAAUUCAAAGAGUUUGUGAGAGUGAAGCCAAAGAAGAAAAAGAAAAAGAAAAAGAAAACCAAACCUGAAUGUCCAUGUAGUGAGGAGAUCACUGACCCCUCCCAGGAACCUUCUCCACCCAAGGGAUUUUCUGUCAUCAAGUGCGGGUCUUCACAGAAGCCUGGGGUCCAUAUGAGUCCACAGCUCCAUAGUUCAGAAUCUGGAAACCACAAAGGAAAAUUGAAAGCUUCUGAGGAGGACAAUUUGAGUGAACCCUCUUCUGAGAGCUUUCUUUGGAGUGAUGAGGAAUAUGGCCAAGAUGUUGAUGUGACUACCAACCCAGACGAGGAGCUUGAUGGGGAAGACCGCUAUGAUUUUGAGGUUGUCCGUUAUUGCAGAAGACACUAG